AUGGGUGCCAGUUGGGGUGGGGCCAAGAAUGGUGACCGGAGAUUGGAAAGCCAGUUAGGAAGUUACCACCCUAGUCCAGGCAUGAGCUGGGGUGAUGCCAAAGACAACAAAAAUGUCAGUUGUAUUCUUGACCUCUCCAAGUGUCCUUCUAUUCAGGGAAAAAAGUUGUUUGCUGAGCCCAAGGAUGCUGGUUUUUCACUUAGCCACGAUAUCAGUAGUCAUUUGUCCAGCCUUUCAAUCUGUGGAAACAAGAUCCCCACCCCCCACCCCACCGUGAGGGAGGAAGCUUUGUGUGCCCCAGAUAACUCGAAUGCCAGUACUGAAAAUCAGGGCCAGAUUAAGAUGUACAUCAAUGAAGUGUGUCAGGAGACUGUGCCACGUUGCUGCAACUCAUUUCUGCAGCAGGCCGGAUUAAAUUUGUUAAUAAGCAUGACAGUUAUUAAUAACAUGCUUGCCAAGUCCGUUUCAGACUUGAAGUUCCCUUUGAUAUCUGAGGAAAGUAGCUGUGGUAAGGUUCAGGUUUUAGAACCGCUGAUGGGUUUGUCUGAAAAGCCAGUCUUGGCGGGGGAGUUGCUGGGUGCCCAGAUGCUGUUCUCAUUCAUGUCCCUCUUUGUCAGAAGUGCAAACAGAGAGGUUCUCCUGGAAACUCUCACCCCUUAAAUGGCCUUCUGGGACAGCAUGGGACUGAAUCCACACAAACGAACCCUGUUAGGUUUGCAGAUGUCAAAGAAUCUGCAGUGGGUGCUACUGAGGAUCCAGCCUUAGGCAGUCACCCUGUGGUUGGGUGCACGUUCAGAAGCUACAUUGAGGACCACACUCUUAUUGGCCAGGCAGGCCCCCCACCCCGCGCCCGCCGCAGAGCUUUGGGUAAUUCGUUGGUUUUGCAGUCUGCAGGCAUCGUGCAUUGUAAAUUACUCCCUUGCAGCCCUCUUCAUGCAGUAAAGGGCUUGCUGUGGCGCCUGCCGCGGAUAACGCACAUCAAACGAGAGCACCACCAGAGCUCUCAUUGCCUGUGACGGUCUCCCUGUCUGAGCGGGACCACUUUGCAGAGGCCAGGCCCAUCUGGGAGCUCACGCUGAAAAUGCAUCUGCCGCUGCCUAUGUCAAAGUAUUUUCCUUUUCUCUUUCUUCGACACCAGCCAGUGGAUGGUGAACCUGUUCAUCCAAACAGUGCACUCCCCUUGUAUCCAUUGUACCGACUUAACUUCCCCCGCCCAAGUCUGCAUCUGUGUGUAUCAUCAAUAAACUUGUGUGCUUUGAUUGGC